AUGGGAACCUCACAAUCAACAAUGAUGUUGGGUUAGCCUCUUAAGUAAACCAAAGUAGGAACACAUUACCCUGGAGGCAUUUUAGAGAGAAAAAUAUAGUUAACAGAUGAACAAGUCAGCACACUGACCAAUUUUAUUAGACUCAAAGAAAAGAAUAUGAGAGAACCAAUUUUCCUUAAAAUUCAUGCUGUAUAAAAAGAUGACUCUGGAAUCUUUUGCAAUUCCAAUAAUACAAUUAAAAUCUAUACAGAAUUUAGUGAGAUUGACUUAUCAAAUGAAAUAAGAAGAAGACGUAUUGCUUCUCAACAUUUUACUAAUCAAGAACUUGUAUACAACUUAAAACAAUUAAUUGAAGCCAUGGCAAUCUAUUAAAACUACAAUAUUCAUUAUAAUUUAUCUUCAAACACCUUACUAUUUGAUACAAUAAUCAAAAUCAUGGAUCCAUACAUAUUCGAUCUCAAAUCACCUCAAUUACCACAUUACAAAGAUUAAACUGGUUCUGUAUUUUCUUCAUGGCCAAUAGGUAUUAUAUUAUUAGAAAUGAUUACACUCAAUUUAAUGACAAACUUAGUUAAUAUUGAUGGAACUUUAAAUACUUAUCUAUUUACUAAUUUAUUAGAUUAAAUCAAUGAACCUUAUCUUAAAUAAUGUUUAUUAUAUAUCUUUGGAGGAAUAUAAAGACCUGAUUAUAUUCAAUUAAGAGAUGAAUUAAAUGGAUAAAUAAUAAGAUUAAUACCUGCAUUCCAAAUAUAACCAGAAAAUAUGCAACAUCCAACUAAUUUUUCUAUUCAAGAACAAUCAAAAUAUUAUGAAGCUAUCUCUUAAUAAUAAUAAUAAUAAUAAUAAUAAAUAAUCAAAACACAAUCUAGCUAACCACUUCCACUUAUUCCAUUAACACAAUCUAAUUUAAUUAUCAAUUCAAAUACCAUAUCUUAAAAAAAAGAAAAUAUUACUCCUAUUUCUACUACUAGAUCUAAUAAUUAAAGUGUAUUAUAAGAAAAAAUUGAAUAAAUUAGAGCAACCUAUUUUAAUCAUAAACAUUAAUAAUAAACUUCAUAAAUGUAUUUGUAUCGUAAAAGUCCAGAAAAAUAAUCAGAAACAUCUUCAACAGGAUCUGAAGAUCUUAAAUCCUUUUCUAAUGGAUUAUAAAUAGAUUUAUAAUCUGAUCCAUUUUGUAGAGAACGAGAAUCAGAUGUUAAUACUUUAUCAAAACAAUUUAAUUUCUAAAAUGAAGAAUAUAUAUGUGAAACAUAUCUAGAUGGUUCUAUUUAUGAAGGUUUUAAAAAGAAUUAAAAAAAAAAUGGAUAAGGAAGUCUUUAUUAUAGUGAUGGAGGCUUUUAUAUUGGAUAAUGGUAAAAUGAUGUUAUGAAUGGAUAUGGUUCAUUAUAUUAUCCUUCAGGUAAAUUAGCAUAUUAAGGAUGUUGGGUUAAUGGAAAAUUUUAAGGUAAAGGAAUGCUUUUUAAUGAAAAUCCUAAAGAUUGUUAAGAUAUUAAUUUUGAAGAUUUUACUUCUAUUAGUGAUUGCUGGAUUAGUUAUUCAGGUGACUUUGUUCUUGAUAAAAAAUAAGGUAAAGGUGUAUUAAUUUUUACAAAUGGAGACAGGUAAAUCUUUUUAUUUAAUUUUAGAUUUGAAGGACAAUUUAAAGACAAUAUGAUUAAUGGACCUGGUACAUUUAAAUCAGGUAACAAAGUUAUUUCUAGCAUUUGGUCAAAAAAUAUGAUUAUGUGA